CGUAAGGCAAAGACUUAAACACUCACUUAUAUAAAAAAAAUAUAUAUAUAUUUUAGACAAAAUCAUCAAAAGGGACUCAGAUUCGUGAAAUCUUGUCUCUUUUUUCUUUCUUUUGUCCUUUUAAACCAGUCCCUAAUCUCUCCUCAAUUGAAGGGAGAGUGUUAGAAGAAGAAGAACACAAUGGGUGUGGAUUUGAGACAAGUGGUGGCUGGAAUCCUCACCAUUACCAUGUUCGUAAUGCUCGGACAAAUGCUUCAUAGAGAUUACUUUGAUGCUAAUCAGGUUCAAGGAGAUGCACAUGAUAUUGAGUUCCAUGGAUCAAAAGUAUCUCUUGAAAAUGGACUUGUUAGAUCCAGUGAAGGGAAUAAUGGGCCUUGGAUGGAGGAUAGCAAUGAUCUUAAACCUUGUUGGUCAAUAUCUGAAUCUGAUGAAGCUGUAUCUUCAAAGGGUUAUGUUACAUUCUCCUUAACCAAUGGUCCUGAGUACCAUGUCUCUCAGAUUACUGAUGCUGUGAUGGUGGCUAAGCAUCUUGGAGCAACGCUUGUGCUCCCUGACAUAAGAGGAAGCAAACCUGGUGAUGAAAUGAACUUUGAAGACAUCUAUAACGUAGAUAAACUCGUCAAAAGCCUCGAAAGCGUCAUCAAAGUUGUGAAGAAGCUGCCAAGCCACGUUUCUCUAAGAGACAUCGCCAUUGUCAAGGUCCCCACCAGAGUUGCAGAAGACUACAUCAAGGAGCACAUCAGCCCCAUCUUCAAAUCAAAAGGAAACAUCAGAGUCACAACCUACUUCCCUUCAGUGAACUUGAGGAAGUCUUCUCUGGAUGGUGGUGAGACCGACCCUGUCUCUUGUCUGGCUAUGUUUGGCUCCUUGGAGCUGCAGCCUGGAGUGAAUGAACUGGUGGAGGCCAUGAUCCAGAGGCUCAAGAAGAAAUCUAAUGGUCGGUUCAUAGCCAUAGACUUGAGGGUUGAGAUACUUGAGAAGAAGAACUGCCGUGAGACAGGUGCAGGGGGAUCCAAAACAUGUUACAACGCGCAAGAGAUUGCAGUGUUCUUGAGGAAGCUUGGGUUUGAUGGUGACACGACUAUAUACCUGACUCAGCCGAGAUGGGAGAGCAGCCUCAACAUUCUCAAAGACAUCUUCCCUAAAACGUUUACUAAGGAGGCGAUAAUGCCUGCAGAGAAGAAGUCUAAGUACCUUGAGUUAGAGAACUCAGAGUAUGAAAAUGUUAUUGACUUCUACAUAAGUUCGAGGAGCGAUGUGUUUGUGCCAGCCAUUCCUGGUCUGUUUUACGCCAAUACUGUUGGGAAAAGGAUAGCUUUAGGGAAGCCUCAAGUUCUUGUUCCGGCUGAGAUCUCAGGCACGUCUGGUCUUUCUACUGAUUACAUCUCUCCUUAUAUCUCGAAGAAGAAUCAUUUGGCGUAUUCAUGCUUUUGUUGAAAUUUUCUGGUGUAAUUUAUGAGAGGAAUGUUUUGCCAACAGAAUCUAUAAAAGGGUCUUUUCUCACUUAAGUGUAAGGCAGUUAGUUCCAUACCAAUUUGAUUUUUAGUAAAAACUGUUGUUGAGUUACAGAGCU